CAGCGCCGUGAAGAAAAGCAGGGGACCCGCUGCCCUCCCUCCUCCCGCACGGCAGGACCAGGCGGAGCUCGCCCCGCGGAGCGGCCGCCGGCCGGGCAGGGCAGCCCCGAGCAGGGCCAGUGGGGCAAAGAAUGCCAAGUGGCUAGCCCAGGACACCUCCCUGGUAGGCCUGAGGGACGUGCGUGUGUCCCCCAUGGAGAUCCGACGCGCUUUGCCCCAGGAUUUCCGGGAGCUGCUGUACUGCCUGAAGAUGAGGAGCAAGUAUGCCAUCCUGCUGGUCUUUGUGGUCGGCCUCAUCAUCAUCGAGAAGGAGAACAACUUCAUCUCCAGGGUGUCAGACAAGCUGAAGCAGUCCCCACAGGCACUGGCAGAGGCCAACAGCACAGAGGCCAGCCCACCGCUGACUGAGAACGGCUCCCUCGCCUCACUGCAAGAGCUGGAUGCUGCCUUCUCCCAGCUGAGGUCCCACCUGCGCAACAUCACCCUGCAGCUGGUGGGUGAUGAGGACACCAGGCCACGGCGUCACGUCCUGCUGAUGGCCACCACCCGCACCGGCUCCUCCUUUGUGGGUGAGUUCUUCAACCAGCAGGGCAGCAUCUUCUACCUCUUUGAGCCCCUCUGGCACAUCGAGAGGACAGUGACCUUUGAGCCAGGGGGAGCCAACGCGGUGGGCUCGGCCUUGGUCUACCGGGAUGUCCUCAAGCAGCUCCUCCUCUGUGACCUCUACAUCUUGGAGAGCUUCAUCUCCCCAGCCCCCGAGGACCACCUGACGCCCUUCAUGUUCCGUCGGGGCUCGAGCCGCUCGCUCUGUGAGGAUCCUGUCUGCACAUCCAGCGCCAAGAAGGUCUUUGAGAAGUACCACUGCAAGAACCGCCGCUGCGGCCCCCUCAACAUCACCCUGGCCGUCGAGGCGUGCCGGCACAAGCAGCACGUGGCCCUGAAGACGGUGCGCAUCCGGCAGCUGGAAUUCCUGCAGCCGCUGGUGGAGGACCCUCGGCUGGACGUCCGCAUCAUCCAGCUGGUGCGGGACCCCCGGGCCGUCCUGGCCUCCCGCAUGGUGGCCUUCUCCGGCAAGUACGAGACCUGGAAGAAGUGGGCGUCUGAAGGGGAGGCUCCUCUCCAGGAGGAGGAGGUGCAGCGGCUGCGGGGCAACUGCGAGAGCAUCCGGCUGUCAGCAGAGCUGGGGCUGCGGCGGCCGGGCUGGCUGCGGGGUCGCUACAUGCUGGUCCGCUAUGAGGACGUGGCGCGGGCGCCCUUGCAGAAGGCAGAGGAGAUGUACCGCUUUGCCGGGCUGCCCCUCACCCCCCAGGUGAAGGAGUGGAUUGGCAAGAACACUCAGGCACCCCACGACGGCAGCGGCGUUUACUCCACCCGCAAGAACUCCUCCGAGCAGUUUGAGAAGUGGCGCUUCAGCAUCCCCUUCAAGCUGGCGCAGGUGGUGCAGGACGCCUGCGCCCCAGCCAUGCAGCUCUUUGGCUACAAGCUGGCCAGCAGCCCUGCUGCGCUGGCCAACCGCUCCUUCAGCCUGCUGGAGGAGGCACAGCCCUCCUGGGUCACGUAACUGGGUGUGGGGGAAUUAUGGCAGCGGGGAAUGAGGGGCUGUGGCCAUGCUCCCGGCUGGCCCAGAGAAGACCAGAGGGGUCCCUGCUCCUGGAGAGGCUCCUCACUGCUGCUGAGUGGAAAUCGGCAGCUCCAGGAGCCAAAGCAUCCUGGCAGAGCCAACCCCAGCAUCCUGCAGAGCCUGGAUGACACAGUUUCUCCAGGAACUGGGAAGUCAGAAGGGUGAGGGAUGGUGGGGAAAAGCAGGGGGGGAUUGGCACUGGGGCCACCUCCCCAGCUCAGGGACUGCACCAAGAAAGAGGAAGGUGAGGACAAGUGGAGGGUGGCAGGACCGGGCACCUCCACAUUGCCACUACCCCUGUCUAGGAUGAGGCAAGAACGAGACACCCCCAUGGUGCCAGCAAGGACCCGGACCCCAGAGGCCUUACUGGUUUAGUGCCUUCAUACACCAGAACAGACUGGGAAGUGCCCCAGAGCUCCAGCCAGCCCUUGGGCUGCAAUGACACGAGGUGACUUUGAGGUUUGGAGCUCUCCAAAGUUGGUUUUGGGGAUGUGGGCUUUGGGUUAUUUUGCCUUUUUUUCUCCUGUGUACUUGCAUACCAGGAUGGCCAGGCUGAUUGACUUAUUU